CCGAGACCAGCCGCUUUAAUAGUUUUGGUGAGGUGAGCUGAGCUUGAGCUGAGGCUGAGCUGGCUGGACUCUGUCUCUGGAAUAGCUCAGAAUUGGGCUGACUGCUGUCCUUGUCGAAUAUCCAUCAUUGAUGCAAAAUGGCAGAUGACACUCUAUGGUUCGAAUUCUGUGGAUCUGCAUUUUGGGACCCAUCUUUAUUGAACUCGUCAGUACCUGAUGUAACACCAUGUUUUCAAGAGACAGUAUUAUCAUGGAUACCUCCGGCUUUCCUUUUGGGUGUUGUACCUUUCUAUCUUCUCUUCCUGAAGCACAAUGACAAAGGCUUCAUCCGUAUAUCAAAACUUCACAAGGCUAAGUUGUGUCUUGGGUUGCUGCUCAUCCUACUACCUGUAUUAGAUGUCUGCAAAGGAAUAGCAGACAUGGUGCAGAUUGAUGGAGGAUUGCCAGCAGUAUACAUAGUCACACCAUCAAUAUUAGCAAUAACAAUGGUUGUAUCCCUGAUCCUCAUCCAUAUAGAGAGAAGGAAAGGUCUUCAAUCAUCCGGUGUGCUCUUUAUAUUUUAUCUUAUCAGUAUUAUAUGUGCAGUGGCAGAGUUUCACUCAAAGGCAAUUAAUGCAAAAUAUCAAGGUUCACAGGAUGCAUUCCGAUAUGUGACCUUUUACCUUUACUUCUUUCUCCUGAUUGGUCAGUUAGUUCUUGUUGCCUUUGCAGAUGAGAUGCCAUAUUACUCGCCAGAUAUUGCCGAUAUUAAUCCUUGCCCAGAAGCUAGAGCUUCAUUCUUGUCUGUUGUCACAUUCUGGUGGUUUACAAGUAUGGUAAUCAGAGGAUAUAAGAAGAGUUUGGAGAGAGUGGAUCUGUGGUCACUUCUCAGCAGAGAUAAAGCUUGUACAGUCGUCCCAGAAUUUGAAAGAAGUUGGAUAAAGGAGGUUCAUAGGGCAAAUCGUUCCAAGCACGGAGCAUUAUCCAAUGCCUCAUUGAAUCAUCCCAGUGAUGGUCAGAAGUACGCUAUGACUGAACUUGACCAAGACGGGAAAUCCCCCAAUGGUACCCAUACCAGAGUGUAUCGUCCACCAUCUGACGCAGCAUCAAAAGACAACAUAGAUGGUUAUACCCAGGCUGUGGCUGUACCACAGGUUGAGUUCAUAGAUGGCAGCAGUAAAGCAUCAUUGUUUAGAGCUGUCGCCAUGAGUAACGGAGAGAAGUUCCUAGUCGCUGUGCUCCUCAAGUUCAUCCAUGAUUGUUUGAUCUUUGUCAACCCACAGAUACUGAGAUUAUUAAUCAACUUCACAGAGGAUGCUAGUAUAUGGCAAUGGAGAGGUUUCUUCUACGCAGGAUCAAUGCUUAUGAUGUCAAUGUUCAACUCAUGUGUAUUACAUCAGUAUUUUCAUCGCUGCUUCAUCGUGGGAAUGCAUCUCAGAUCCUCCAUCAUUGGUGUGGUUUAUAGAAAGUCAUUACAGCUAUCCAGUGCAGCACGGAAAGGAGCCACCGUUGGUGAGAUAGUCAACCUGAUGUCGGUAGAUGCCCAACGUUUCAUGGAUCUAUGUACCUAUCUCAACAUGUUAUGGUCAGCACCGUUCCAGAUCUCUGUCGCUCUGUACUUCCUGUGGCAGACCUUGGGGCCAUCGGUACUGGCUGGGUUAGGGGUUAUGAUCCUGAUCAUCCCCAUCAAUGCAUUUGUAGCUAUGCAAGCAAGGAAACUACAGGUGAAGCAGAUGCAGUACAAGGAUGCCCGAAUCAAACUAAUGAGUGAGGUGCUUAGUGGUAUCAAGGUACUGAAGCUAUAUGCCUGGGAGGAGUCCUUUCAAGCCAAGAUUCUUGCCAUCAGAGAUAAAGAAUUGAAAGUACUACGUCUUGCUGCUUAUCUUAAUGCUUUCACUUCAUUCACAUGGACCUGCGCACCUGUUCUGGUUUCUGUGACAACGUUUGCAGUGUAUGUGGUAUCGAAUGAGAACAACAUUCUUGAUGCAGAGAAAGCCUUUGUUUCCAUUGCUCUUUUUAAUAUCCUGAGAUUCCCCCUCACCAUCAUGCCAAAUCUCAUCUCUAAUAUAGUGCAGACAAGUGUAUCAUUGAAGCGUUUGGAGAAGUUCUUAAAGAAUGAGCAGCUUGACCCUCAGAAUGUUGACCAUUUCAACAUGCCAGGUCACUCAAUAACUGUGGAUAAUGGUCAUUUCACUUGGGAUAGAGAAGAAAAAACAACUCUUACAAACAUCAAUCUUGACAUCAAGCAAGGUUCUUUGGUAGCAGUAGUUGGACAGGUUGGAUGUGGCAAGUCAUCUCUUCUAUCUGCAUUACUUGGAGAGAUGGAGAAAAUAGAUGGUAAAGUCUUUAUGCAGGGUUCGGUUGCCUAUGUUCCGCAGCAAGCUUGGAUCCAGAAUGCAACAUUGAGAUCCAACGUUAUAUUCAGUAAAGAUCUUCAUGUUACUAAGUACAAGCAUAUUAUAAAGGCCUGUGCAUUGGCUAGGGAUCUUGAGGUGCUACCAGGUGGUGACAUGACAGAGAUUGGUGAAAAGGGUAUCAACCUUAGUGGGGGUCAGAAGCAGAGGGUCAGUUUGGCCAGAGCUGUCUAUGCUAACACUGAUGUGUACCUACUGGAUGAUCCCUUGAGUGCAGUGGAUGCACACGUUGCUAAACAUAUCUUUGGACAUGUCAUUGGACCUGAAGGCCUUCUCAAAAACAAGACCCGUGUCCUGGUUACCCAUGGGAUAAGUUUUCUACCUCAAGUUGAUCAGAUCAUUGUAAUAGUCGAUGGUUCUGUCUCUGAGGUUGGCUCUUAUCAAGAUCUCCUGGAUCAGAACGGUGCAUUCGCUGAGUUUCUUAGGAACUACAGCCAAGAUGCUGAUGAGAAGGAGGAUGAAGAGGAGGAGGAGGAGGAUGAAGAUAUACCAGUCAACAUAUCAUUGGAGGAUCUGACAGAGGACAAAGAACCAAUCAGAAACCUGAAACCACUCAAAGGAAAAUCCAGGAAACUAAGCAAAGGAAUUGAAGCCAUAUCACAGUAUGAUAUCUUCAACACACCCAGUAAGAAGGCAGAUCUUGCUGUGAAGACCGAUGCAUAUGAUGAGGUUGUGAUGGGGGAUAAGGAGGAGAAGCUGAUACGAGAUGAGAAAGCAAAGCUAGGCAAUGUGAAAUUGACAGUAUUCUGGGCCUACAUUCGUUCAGUUGGAGUACUCCUAUCUCUCCUCAUUGUAAUGCUUUACAUGCUGUUCAACAUCGCUUCUGUCGGCGGUAACCUGUGGCUUAGCCGCUGGAGUAAUGAACCGUUGGUCAACGGAACCCAACCGGAUGCAGUGAGAGACAAGUACCUGACCAUCUAUGCAUUGCUUGGACUCACGCAGGGUGUAUUUGCAACAUUUGCUGUGCUCCUCCUUAGCUAUGGAACUGUCUUAUCCUCGGGCAUUCUUCAUGCCAAGCUGCUAAGGACUGUAUUGUCAUACACUAUGAGUGUCCUUGAUACCACCUUGAGAGGGACCCUACUGAAUUGCUUCUCAAAGGAUACAGAUAUAAUGGAUUAUACACUUUACCUGAAGGUGGAAGGCGUUAUCAUUUGCAUCCUUGAGGCUGCCAUAUCCAUCAUCGUUGUUAGCUUUUCAACGCCUUGGUUUAUCCCAACGUCGGUUCCAUUUCUAAUCCUUUACUUCCUUGUUCAGCGGUUCUACAUCUGUACAUCCCGUCAGUUAAAGAGGCUUGAGUCGGUAUCGCGUUCACCAAUCUAUUCUCACUUCUCUGAGACUAUCGUUGGUACAAGCACCAUCCGGGCGUACCAACGGCAACAUGACUUCAUCAAACAGAAUGAGCAGCUUAUUGACAACAAUCACAUCACGUACUACCCUAAUAUUGUCUCUAACAGGUGGCUUGCAUUGAGGCUUGAGUUUGUUGGGAACUGCAUUGUAUUCUUUGCAGCUCUCUUUGCUGUGAUUGGUCGAAACAACCUCAGCUCUGGCAUUGUGGGAUUGUCUAUCAGCUAUGCCCUGCAGAUCACCCAGACGUUGAAUUGGAUGGUCCGAAUGACCAGUGAGCUUGAAACAAAUAUUGUCUCUGUUGAGAGAGUCAAAGAAUAUUCUGAAGCCCCAACAGAGGCAGCGGCUAUAGUAGAAGACAACCGACCAGCAGAAAGUUGGCCUGGUGAAGGCAAAGUGGAGUUCAUCAACUACAGUACACGUUAUAGAGAAGGACUUGACCUUGUCAUUAAAGGUAUCAAUGUCACAGUCAAGCCUGGUGAGAAGGUUGGUGUUGUUGGAAGAACAGGUGCAGGAAAGUCUUCAUUGACCAUGGCUCUCUUUAGAAUCAUUGAGCCUGCUGAAGGUCAGAUCAAGAUUGAUGGUGUAGACAUCUCAUCCAUCGGCCUCAAGGAUCUAAGGUCUAAGAUCACCAUCAUUCCUCAGGAUCCUGUAUUGUUUGCUGGAGCUCUACGCAUGAAUCUAGAUCCGUUUGAGAGCUACACUGAUGAUGAAGUCUGGUUAGCUCUGAGAUUAUCUCAUCUAGCAAACUUUGUCUCGAGUCUUCCAGAAGGUCUGCAGCAUGAAUGUGCAGAGGGAGGAGAAAAUCUCAGUGUUGGACAACGUCAGCUGAUCUGCCUCGCGAGGGCACUGUUGAGAAAGAGCAAGAUCCUAGUCUUGGAUGAAGCCACAGCAGCAGUGGAUCUAGAAACUGAUGAUCUCAUCCAGGCUACUAUACGAUCAGAGUUCUCAGAAUGUACAGUCAUCACGAUAGCACAUCGCAUCAACACAAUCAUGGACAGUACUAGAAUAUUGGUGAUGGACGGAGGGGAAGUAUCCGAGUUUGACACACCCACCCACCUCCUGACCAGUGGAGGAAUCUUCUACACUAUGGCCAAAGAUGCUGGACUUACCUCAUAAUAUAUCUUGUGUGUGAAGUCUCCCCCCCCCCCAUUCAACCUUUGAGUGACCGAGGUGUAUGGUUUGAUCGGCCCAUUAUUAUGGUUUCUUUCAUCUGUAAUAUGGUGUGUGAAGUCUCCCUAUGCGAGUCCAAUCAGCUAAGAGUGUGUUGGUAAAUGGGUGAAAUUGAUGAUGACUGUGACAUUUUUGUGUGCUGACUUGAUGGGUGGAUGAUCAAGUGUUCUCUUGCAAUAUAAUCAACAAAAAUUAUUGCAAAGGUAGGUGCUACAUGUCACCUGUGACCAUAGGUAUUUCAAGAAAUAUGUAAACAUAAAAGAUAUGUUAAAGUAAAAUACUUUUUUUUUCUUUGCCAAAGAGUUUGUUUUGACAGAAUGUGUUGAAGUUUUAGAGCAUUGUCUUGCGCGUAAUUUCACUUUUUUUUGCAGUUUUAAACACAAGUGUGUGAACUUGUGGUCUUGUUAGGGUACAGUCAACUAAUUUCUGUCUAUCUUGACUUGAGGUAUAACAAAAAUAUCUUCAAGAAUUGUUUACUUGUAUGGGAUUUAAAAUGAGAGUAAGUAAGAAAGGGUCAUAAAAAUGUCAUCCCUAACAAUAUUGUAUUGCCCCAUCUUCGUAUCUGUUUGUCUUCUCUAGAGUGGUAUGAGAGCAUUGUCAUGUUUGACAUUAAUUGUUCAAUGGGUUUGUUUUUAUCUUUUGCUAGCCAUCGCAAGGCAUAUUUCAGGCAAUUUGGUUAGGUGUCAGGGGCCUUUAGAUUUUCAUUUGUUAAUUCCAAAUCUCAAGUAAGAUGACAGACAGCAGUUAUUUUAAUUUGCAUUUUAGAUAUGAUAUAAAAUGCAAUUCAGUCUCAAACCAGUUAGAAGGGGGGUUUUGUAGUGAUACUAGCUACCAGUAUUAACCCUUUUUAAACAGGUGGGA